AUGUUGGUCAAAUCAGAUGAGGAUAUUUUAAAUAAUGAAAAUGUUAAUGAAAAUGAUGAUUUGUGUCAAAAUAAUGAGAAAAAAACGGAUGAAAUAUUAAAUGAAACACAACAAGGAAAUAAUUUACGACAAAUUUCAUGUAAAUUAUCACAAAGUAUAAUGAAAGUGUGA